AUUUUAAAAUUUAAAUGUUAAAAGUUGUUUUUCGAUUUCUAAACAUCAAGAAACCGCAAGCCAAGAUUUCAUUUUGAAAUUAUCAUUGUAUUGAAGGUUGUUUUGUGUGCUACUGCUGACCGUCUUAUCAAUUGUGCUAUGCUAAUCACUUCUCAUAAAGCAAAUAAAAGAGACUUCAAAUUAUAGAAGCUCCAAAUGAAUAUAGUUAUAAUACGUUCAAAGACAAUAGUUGAUUUUUGCUUAUUUCGUCUUCGAGAAAUAGAAAAGUGCAGUGAAGAGAAAUUAGUGUCAAAGACUCUUAAUCCAAAUACCAAUUAUCUGUGAUCACGUACAAUCGGCUAGAAAAGGAAGUUUUAGAGAAAUUGAAUUGAAAAAUGUCCACUUUAAAGAGAAAUGUUAUAGUGGAUGUUGAUGUUGGAUCAGACGAUGCUUGGGCUCUGUUAAUGCUUCUCCGAGCCCAAGAAAUAAAUGAGAUCAAUCUCCUAGGGAUUACGUGUGUCAAGGGAAACACAACAGUUGAAAAUGUGGCAAAAAAUACAUUGAGAGUUCUCUCAACUCUUGAUAAUUUUAAAUCAGAACACCCUCCGGUUUUUCUUGGAGCUUCCACUGAACUGAUAGUCUUAGGGGAAAAAUCCAUUCCAGAUGAAAUAACUUUUCACGGAACUGAUGGACUUGGUGAUUUACAAAGUUACUCAGAAGACGUUUUAGAUACUAAACUCCUAUCCAAAGAACAUGCCGUGAAUGCUAUACAGAGAAUAGUAAUGGGUAAUCCUGGACAAGUGUCUUUGAUUUGCCUAGGACCUCUGACAAACUUGGGCCUCGCAUUAAGGCUAUACCCUCAAUUGGCACAAAAUAUAAAAGAAGUUUACAUUAUGGGUGGAAAUCACUUAGGAGUUGGUAAUAUCACGAGUUCAGCAGAGUUUAAUUUCUUCAGCGAUCCUGAAGCCGUUCACAUUGUUUUUAGUACAAUAAAAUGUCCAACUUUUCUUCUUCCCUGGGAAACAUGUCUUGAAGAUAAAUUUUUUAUUACCAUGGACUGGCGAAUGAAUAUCCUAGGAGAAAUUGCUAAUAGAAUAACGAGAUUCAUGAAUCCAAUUGAAGAAAAAUGCUACAGAGAAUUCACUGAAUGGGUUCCCUGUGAUGCAAUUCUAGCUGCAAUUUUUCUCACCAAAAAUACUCUUAUUCAGAAAAGCAGUCAAUGGCACGCAACCGUAGAACUUUCUGGACAUCAUACAAGAGGACAACUCGUUCUGGAUCACUUGCGCAAAAAAAACAAUAAUCUCACCAUUAUUGAAAAAGUUAAUCAAGAGAUCUUUAUGGAGAUCAUGCUUUGGACUGCAGGGCAUACAAAUAUUGAUACUGGAAAAUUCUUAUCUUCAUAAAGUUUUUUUUAGAGGAAACUGGGAUAGCACUUAGCACUGCACAAUUUUACAAAGAUUUAAUUUACUGUGAUUAACAAUUUUUUUUUAAUUUUGCACAACUAUUAUGUCUUGCCCUUCCUGUGGUAUUAGGGGUGUAGUUAUAUAAUCGGAAACUAAUUGAAAUCCUAAAAAUCAGUUUUUAUUUUAUAAAUAUAUAUAAUUUUCUAUUUUUUUUCCUGGGACAGAUCUGCACAUCAAUUCUUUUAUCUUUGAAAGUAAUUUUGGACAUUUUUUCUUUGGAUUACAAUUUCAAAAAAGAAACACUGCAAUAUUAAAAAUAAAAUGAAAAAUACAAAAAAAACAUUUAGAAAAAAUGUAAAUCAAGCGAAAUAUUCAAUUGAUUAUAUAUUUAAUGAAGUCUCUAAUUUAUAUAUAAUGCUUAGGAAAAAUUUUCAUGCUAAAUAAUAAGUAUUUUAAAUGUUUAAAAAAAAUGAAAAACUUAAAUAUGUAUAUUUUUAAAUUUCUGUAAAAAAAAAUAUUAGUAUGAUAGAUUGAUUGAUUGAUUGAUUUGUUUAUUAUCAUCUCUGUUUUUUGUCCCACCCCCCAUGCGGCCAUCGCCGUCUUAGCGUCGAUUCCAACCUCCGGGAUGAAAACGAUGGAAAAUCCCUUCAUUGGUUGUAUAUUUUGAGACCAUACAUAAGCACGUAGGUCACACUAAAUGGGAAAAUGGGUAUGCUCACAGAGAGAAGUUAAAGAAAACCUAGCCAUAAAGGCUGUUUGGCUUCUUGCAUAGCACAUAAAAGUUUAUUUAAUGGUGUGGAUUGAUAUGAAUUGGAACGGUUAAAACACUUGUUUGUGGACACAGUAUGAAACACUAAGCAUACGUCGACUUCAGGGUUCCCUCUGAAUAUGAAUACGAAUAUGAAUAUGAAUACAUGUAAGAUGUAGAUCUUGCUCUUUGGAGUCUUACAUUUAUUUAAAAAACAAAAACUGUGGUCAGCAAAAUCUCCUGUGCGGUCUGUGCGGUGCUAUCCAGUAUCCUCUUCAAAACUGAUUUAUGUUCUCUAUGAUCUUAAUAAAUUUUGAAGAUUUUCA